AUGGAUCGUCUUCCACUUCGAGCAGCAAACAGGAAUGAGAGACAGUCACGGGGUCAAAGAAUCCGAGCGAGAUUCGCAAAAUGUCCAAUUAUUUCUAGACUAUCCGUUUUUCUAGCUCUUUUUCAUUUGUUCGUUGCAGCUGCUCUAUAUAUGUACUUGCAGGGGAUGGAAAGACCUAGCGAUGUAUUGGCAGACAGAGGCAUGGUUUCUGGGGAUGGUGGGUUUGAUUUUGGGAAGGAUAUAAACUCUGAGCUUUCCAAGCGUUUGGCUAAAUUUCCGAAAGAGAAUGAUAAUGUAUCUUCUGCUUCGGGGAAAGGAGUGAGAUAUGGGUAUAUGAAACCCAGGCUGGCUUUGGUGUUUGCGCAUUUACUGGUUGAUCCACUGCAGAUACUGAUGGUUAGUGUUGUAGUUGCAUUGCGGGAGAUUGGUUACAAAGUUGUGGUUUACUCACUUGAAGAUGGUCCUGUGCAUGCUGUUUGGAGAAACAUUGGAGUUCCAGUCAAAAUCAUGGAAACUGGUGGGAAGAUGGAGAUCAUUGUAGAUUGGCAAAACUAUGAUGGUAUACUCGUAAACUCUCUGGAAGCCAGUGGAAUUUUUCCUUGCCUCAUGCAGGAGCCUUUCAAGUCUGUACCUCUUAUUUGGACCAUCCAUGAAAGUGCACUUGCUACUCGUUUGACACAAUACAUAUCAGCUGGCCAGGUUGAGCUUGUAAACAAUUGGAAAAAAUUCUUCCGCCGUGCUACUGUUGUUGUCUUCCCAAAUUAUGCCCUGCCGAUGCUUUAUGCUGCCUGUGAUUCUGGAAACUACUUUGUUAUUCCGGGUUCUCCAGAUGAAGCAUGGGAAGCAGAUAAAUACAUGCUUUUAUACCAAAACAAUCUACGUAGGGAGAUGGAUUAUGGACUAGAUGACUUCGUUAUUGCAAUUGUGGGAAGUCAAUUUUUGUACACAGGUCUGUGGCUGGAGCAUGCCUUUAUUUUACAGGCUUUAUUACCACUCCUUGCGGACUUCUCUUCUGUUAACAAUUAUAGUUCUCAUCUCAAAAUCGUUAUCUUAACUGGGGAUUCUACUGGUAAUUACAGUAUGGCUGUGGAGGCCAUUGCUAUGAACUUAAGUUACCCCGCGGGCAUUGUGAAGCAUGUUUCUGUCGUUGAUCAAGAUGCAGACGGUGUUCUACAUAUGGCCAAUCUUGUGAUACAUGGAUCUUUCCUCAACGAGUUAUCUUUUCCUCACAUAUUGGCAAAAGCCAUGUGUUUUGGGAAACCAAUCAUAGCCCCAGAACUCACGAGUAUCAGGAAAUAUGUUGUUGACAAGGUGAAUGGCUAUCUUUUCCCAAGGGAGAAUAUCAGGGCUCUAACAGAUCUUGUAUUGCAAGUGGUAUCAAAGGGAAGAUUAUCACCUCUAGCUCGCAAAGUUGCAUUGCUUGGAAAAUAUUCUUCUAAAAACUUAAUGGUUCAAGAAACUGUCGAAGGUUAUGCUUCACUAUUAGAAAAUGUUCUCAAGUUCCCAUCUGAAGUUGCUACUCCCAAGGAUGUUAGCGAAAUCCCUCACAAGUUGAAAGAGGAAUGGCAGUGGCAUCUAUUCAAAAAAAUGGCAGGUUCAACAUAUCCAAAUAGAUCUUUGAGAAAUUACAGGUUUUUAGACAAGGUUGAAAGACAGUGGAAUUAUACUCAAACAGAAGGUUCUGGUUCUGGGAGUGUUCUAGACGAAACCUUCUCAUAUACUAUUUGGGAGGAAGAAGAAUAUAUUGAGACAGAUGACACUAGGAAGAGAAGAGAAGAAGAAGAGUUGAAGGACAGAACUUAUCAAGCUCGGGGAACAUUGGAAGAAGCAAAUCGAAUCACUAAAAAGGCUGAUCGGAAGAGUGAUUUGCAUGAAAGGGAUGACGGGGAGCUUGAAAGGACAGGUCAACCAUUAUGCAUCUAUGAACCUUACUUUGGGGAAGGAACCUGGCCUUUUUUGCACCAGACUUCACUCUAUCGUGGACUUGGACUGUCCACUAAAGGUAGAAGACCAGGGGCAGAUGAUAUUGAUGCACGAUCCCGCCUUCCGCUUCUGAACAGUGCUUAUUACCGUGAUGUCCUGGGUGAAUAUGGAGCCUUUUUUGCAAUUGCCACCGGGAUUGACCGCAUACACAAAAAUGCUUGGAUUGGGUUCCAGUCUUGGAGAGCAACAGCAAUUAAGAGAUCUUUGUCUAAGACUGCUGAAAAUGCACUGCUAGAGGCUAUCCAAGCAAGAAAGCACGGUGACACUCUCUACUUUUGGGCUCGCAUGGACGUGGAUCCAAGAAACCCGUUGCAACAGGAUUUUUGGUCAUUCUGUGAUGCAAUUAAUGCUGGAAAUUGCAGGUUUGCUUUUUCUGAGGCUCUUAAGCAGAUGUAUGGCAUAAAGCAUGAACAGAAUUAUCUCCCUCCUAUGCCAGUAAAUGGAGACACUUGGGCUGUCAUGCACAGCUGGGCUUUGCCAACCCGGUCCUUCCUAGAGUUUGUAAUGUUUUCAAGAAUGUUUGUGGAUGCCCUAGACUCACAAAUCUAUGAUGAGCACCAUGAAAGUGGGCACUGUUACCUAAGUUUAUCAAAGGAUAAGCAUUGCUACUCUCGGGUGCUUGAGCUACUUGUUAACGUCUGGGCAUUCCAUAGCGCAAGGCGGAUGGUGUAUGUCAACCCAGACACAGGAGUGAUGCAAGAACACCAUAAGUUGAAGAGUCGUAGAGGUCAAAUGUGGCUCAAAUGGUUCUCAUAUAGCACCCUUAAGAGCAUGGAUGAGGACCUGGCUGAGGAAUCGGAUUCUGACAACUCUAGGGAACGGUGGUUGUGGCCGUUGACUGGUGAAGUCUUCUGGCAAGGAGUCUAUGAGAGGGAAAAGAUUCAAAGAAACCAAGAGAAAGAGAAGAGGAAGCAGCGGAGUAAGGAGAAAAUCGCAAGAAUGAAGAAAAAGUCUCGCCGCCAAAAACCGAUUGGCAAGUAUGUGAAGCCUCCACCAGAAGGGGUGGAAAAUUCAGAGUCUCCACCAGAAGAUGUGGAAAAUUCAGAGUCUCCACCAGAAGAGGUGGAAAAUUCGGAGUAAAUUCAGAGUCAACAGUGGUUGCAGCAACGCUUUCGAGGUAGCAGUAGCAUUGUUCUUAUAGGUGUUGUUCAUCCUUGAAAGCAGUCUAAUUCGUUAAUUCAAUUCUUUUAGAUACCUACCAUUCCAUUCAUUCUUUCUUUUUUUCAUUCUUUUGUCAGAAAGGAUGCCUAGGUCUAUAUUCUGUACAUGAGGGUGUUGUAUAUAGUAACAACUGCAUCCUUCUGAUAUCAUGCUGAAGAAUGCCUCAAGUGUAUAGUAGUUCUGUUUUGUGUCUUUUUCACUCUUCUUUUCUCUGCCACUUCUGUAAAAACAUUUGGAAAGGAAAGAGGAAGAUAAUGUUGUAGUUUGAUAACACUCAGGCUGAGUAACAAAUUGGCUUCAGCAAUAUUAUUUGG